GGACAAUAUUUAGUGUUGUGAGGCCUUUGUGAAUCGCGCAUGCGCUGUAAAAUUGAUUAAAAUAUCAAUAUGGCGGAGGUUAGUCCAGGCUAAGAUUUUCUUAAAAUUUGAAGAAAUUGAUAAAUCAAGAUGGCACAUGAGAUACAUUUAAAGAACAACAAAUACCGGCAGUGGGUUAAGGCUGGUCUAGGCUUGGGUUAUCUUAAAGAGGGACUUGCGCCAUUUUGUGAUGACAUAGGAAAACAGCAGCACAACGAUAUUAUUAACCAAAUACAACAAACAAAGACUCCUCAACCAAACGUACCAUGUGGCACCUGUCAGAUAACAACUCUCCAGCCAGAUCAUGUCCGAGUCUCAAAAGGGAUAUGUCCCCUCAAACAAGAUAAAUGUAACUGUUGUUUUCCUAAUAAUAAGAGACCCUGUCCAAACAAUGUAUGUGGUGCCAUCUAUGACAGCAUUAUACAGUAUCAUGCAUCAAUACCACCGGCACCUUUUUGGAAAAACAGUGAUGUCCAACAGUGGUCAACAGAACCAUGGGAGGUUUGCAAAUGUUUUAUAAAUGCUCCUGGGUACAAGGACAAGACAUCAGCAGUCGACACUGAUUGCACUGGGUUGCUUCAUGUUAUCAUAAAUAACAAGUACUUUCAUAGUCAUAUUGGAUGCAAUGUUACAGGACCAAACAAUCUUUUUUCAAAGGUACGGCAGUACCGGAACGAGAUUUUUCAUUCUAGCAAUAUGGAAUUAGAGGAGAGCAAGGCUAAUUGUUAUAUUGAUGACAUGAUAGCUGUAUUACAAGAUGGUAAGGAACUUUUAUAUCGACAAGAUGCACAACAAGCUGUCGGGAAACUUCAAGAUCUUAAGCAAAAAGACUUCUAUGUAACUACUGAAUGCUCUGAAGAAAUUUUGAAACAAAUCAAAGAUGAAAUGACAAAAAUGCGAGAAUUUACUGAAAAUGCUGCAACUAAAGAGGACUAUGAGGAGCUCAAAAAUAAAUUUAUUGAACUUGAAAGACAGUUGUCACAAGAAAGAGAGGGACAACUUGAGGCUGGGAAAGAACAGAAAAGAAAGUUUACUGAAUUUGAGGCAGUUAUAACAGAGCAAAAACAGGAGAUAAAAAGACGCAAGGUAGAAGAUUCUCCUCAACAAAAAAAGUUUCAAUAUGAAAAGGCGAAAUCAGAACGGCGGAAAAAGCUGAUUGAACAUUAUCACAAAACCCUGCUGCAAGUUCCUACAUCACCUUUACAACCAAAAAGUGAAAAAUGUAGCUUCAAUGAGAUUUAUAUUAGACCCAAAAUAACGAGGGAAAUAAAAGGAGAGAAAGGGGAGACAAAUGAAGUGAGGGUUAAAACAAUGUCAGAAAUCUUCACAAAGGAGGGAGUCCCCCAAAAAUCUGUAUAUGUUCUAGGAGAUGCAGGGUCAGGAAAAACUAGUUUUUGUAAAUAUCUGGUCAACUGUUGGUGUUUGGCACACAGUGAGGAACAUGAAGCUGACAAUGAAGAUGGCAAUGAAAAUGAAGAAGGCAAUGGUAAACCUGAAGGUGACAGUGAAACACAUGGAGGUGAUGGUGAAAAACAUGGAGCUGGCAAUGAAAAUGAAGGUGGCAGUAGUAAACCUGAAGGUGACAGUGAAAAACAUGGAGGUGAUGAUGAAAAAUAUGGAGGGGUCAAUGAAAAUGAAGAUGGCAAUAGUAAACCUGAAGGUGACAGUGAAAGACAUGAAGGUGAUGGUGAAAAACGUGAAGCUGGAGUUGUCAAUGACAAUGAAGGUGGCACUGAGAAACAAGGAGGUGAUUUGGAAGAACAUGAAAAAAAGGGAAGUGACAUUGUAAAUGAAGAGGUAAAGGGGACACAUAGUGGAGACAUUGGAAACGAAGAGGGCAGUAAGACACAUGGAGGUGUUAAUGAGAAAGGAGGAGAAAAACAUGUGGGUGGCAUUAAGAAAAAUGAAAGUGAUAGUGACGACUCUGAUGGUGACUUAAUACACUCCGAAUCCGAUAGUGACGACUCUGAUACUGACUUAACAGACUCUGAAUUUGACAGUGAUGACUCUGAAUAUGAUAGCAAAAAUUAUGAACUUAAAUUCAAUGGUGUAAAAGAGAUGAAGAAAUUUGAUUUUGUAUUUUACAUCCCUCUUAGACAGUAUCAGAACAUUGACACUAUCGAUGAAAUGCUUCAAAAACGUUAUCAGAUGAAAAUGUUAAACACACUUCUUGAAGAGGAAUCCUCUAGAGUUAUGAUUUUACUUGAUGGCUUAGAUGAAUGGUCUUCUGAAAAUGUCCCAGAACAUAGCAUCUUUAAGGAGUACACAAUAUUAACUACUUCGCGGCCAUGGAAAUUUCAUACAUUAAGAUCAAAUGAUGUGGAGAUUGACCAGUCAUUAAAACUGAAAGGUUUUGAUUUUAGAUGUGAAUGGGAAAUGGUCAAUAGGACAGUCUCACAAUUAAAUGUAAAUAGACAUGCUAAUAAAGAAGCUAGAGACUGUAGGAAAAAGCUGAAGGAAAAGUCUCUGAAAAGUUUAAAACAGGUACCAAUUAUGCUACAACAACUGAUAUGUCUAUGGUUUGAUGGUAAACUCGAUAAAACCUCAAGAUGUGCCAUCUACACCGGUAUGUUAGAGUUAUUCUUCACCUGGAAUGACAUGAAAACUACAGGAACAAGUACUCGACUCAUGAAGGGUACCCAGAAAGUAGAUCUUCCUAAAUAUUUAGCCGAUAAAACCAAAUUAAGAUUAAACCGCCAUUUCAUUUAUGAAGUGUCACAGUUGGCUUAUGAGACACUAUUUAAUUGUCCGAAGGAUAAAUCCUUGACAUUUGACAUUUGUAUGUUUGAUGAACUAGAAAUAUCAGAUGAAGUAAGAGAAAAUUGCUUGAAACUUGGAAUAUUGACAGAAGAUGAAUGUCCAAGUUUAUCUGUAUCAGAACCACCAAGCUCAUUGUUCUCUUUUAUUCACAAAUCAAUGCAAGAAUUUCUGGCUGCAGUGAAUAUUUGCAUCAAUUUCAAUGCAAAAAUUGGUUUGUCAGAUAGUACAGGAAAUGUUGAAUUAGCCAAGAAGUUUAUUAAUGAGGUUUUUCAGAAAUGUUCAACAGUAAAUGACAUAUUAGAGCAGUCAAAUGUAAUUAUUAUGCUAUCUGGUCUAGAACCAAGAUUAGCAACACAUGUUUCAAAAUACAUAUAUGAUACUGUGUCAGAAGACUCUCGUGUUCAGGAAUACAGGAGAACAAUAAGUAGUGACAUUUAUGAGGACCAUAGUUGUAUUACUGAUAUUCAAAAGCUUAUGUUUGAGUCAAUGGAAGAAUUAAAUGCAGCAUGUAGUAUAGGAAGUAAUCCUGUAUUUUAUAUAGGAGAUUUGGUCAUUGAUAUAAGGAAUCAGUAUUGUGAUAUUGUUUGUUCAGGUAUUGAUCAGCAUCAAAUUGUUCCUGACUCUGUUCGGUCUAUUAGGGUAGAUUACAUCAACACACAAAAUGUUAAAUUUACAAAAUAUUUACCAAUGUUUCAUCAUCUUGAAAGCAUUAAAAUAACAUAUGAUGAAUCUCAAAUGUUAGAUACACAAAAUGAUAGUCCACAGAGUAAUGAACAGAUGAUUAAUGAGGUAAACAAUAAUUGUGUUUGUGAGACAAUUAAAGUUAAUACUUCAACAUUAAAAUCUCUGUCUCUUAGUAGUGUCUCUAACACUGACGAGUAUUACCCAGUGUAUAAAACAGUUGUUAGUUACCUACCUAGUAUGAUCAAUCUUGUAACAAUAAGUAUGUAUAAUAUUAAAAUGAGUCAUGAUGAUACUACUACAUUUUGUAAUUUUCUUGAGAGAACCAGUCAUCUUGAACAAAUACAUCUUCAUCAUGUUAAAUGUGAGUGUAGGAAGCAGCAUGAUGUAAAUUUAUCAAAACAUCAACAACUUCAGUACCUUGAUUUGUAUGAUACUGUUAGUGUGAUAGAUGCUGAUACUACAAACCUUGAAAUAUUUACAUUUAAUGAAUUGAAAGAUAGUAAUUAUGAGAAAAUAUUUGAUAUUAUUAGAAAAUCUUACAAAUUAAAAGAACUUGAAUUGUAUGGAGAUGAUAACAAUAAAUCUCAAUUAUAUCAUACCAACAUAACAAAGAGACUAGUCACAGUAUUACCAUUGUUACACAAUCUCAGUAAGCUUGAGUUACAGUAUUGUAGGUUAACUGACAAUAUAAUACAGUUACCUUUAGAGAUGAAGAGUUUAAAGAACAUUAAGCUUUAUUAUGUCAUAAUGAGUUUGACAACAUGGCAGAAGUUUGUUGAUAGUCUUCCUGGUAUUCCUCAUACUGUAGAUGUGAGUGUAAGGAACUGUUAUAUAACAGGAGAUGGUGAGGAGUUUAAUGAUGAUAGGUUAACAUUGAUAUCACAAGGACUUAGAGGAGGGAAGGGAAAUGAUGCUAUACAGUAUGUAAAAGACCAGGAUCAGUUAUUUCAUGUUAAACGUGAUGAUGAUGAUUGGUUUGACUUUUCAACAAAAAAGUGAUAAAGUAUCCAUGUAGUUACAUAGUGUUUGAACUAUUUUUUUUCAAUAUUAACAAUAAAAAUAAUGGUUUGAAUCUUUAACACAGUGAAAUAGGAUACAUGAC